AUGCGCCAGCUCGAGCAGGACAUGGCGAAGAUGAUGAACCACGCGGCGCAGGAGUCCGGCGCCGCGGAUAACAAGGAGUUUGAGACCGCGAUCAACCAGGGGGCGGACGCGUUCACGAAGCAGCUCGAGGAGAGCGGGAUCCCGCCUGGUGACUUUUUGAAGCAGCUGCUGGCGGAUGUCAUGGCGGAGGAGGAGCAGGAGGAAGGCGCGGGUGCAGGUGCAGGCGCGGGCCCGAGUACCGGUGGAGUGUCGGGGUCUGCGACUGGUGCCGGUAAAGCGGCUGCGCCAGAGUCCUUCAACGAUGCCAUUCAGCGGACUAUCCAUCGGAUGAAAGAGUCUGGGGAUAAGGCUACGGCGGCGGCGACUGAGGACGGGGGGAUUUCGGAGGACAUGCUGAUGCAGUUGCUCAAGGGGUUGGAGGCGGGCGUCGGGAAUGGGGGCGACGAUCUCGAUCUCACUCAGAUGAUUGCCGGUGUGAUGGAGCAGUUUUCCAAUAAGGAGAUGCUGUAUGAGCCGAUGAAGGAGUUGGAUGCGAAGUGGGGGCCGUGGUUGGCGGCGAAUAAGGGCAAGGUUCCUGCUGAGGAUCUGGAGCGGUACGAGAAGCAGGCUAAGCUCGUGACUGAGAUUGUGGCCAAGUUCGAGGAGGAAGGGUACACAGAUGAAGAUCCGAAGUAUCGGCAGGCCGUGUGGGAUAAGAUGCAAGAGAUGCAAGCGCUGGGUAGUCCCCCGGAAGAACUGGUUGCGAAUCCCUGGCCGGAGGAACUCAAAGACGACGGGUCUGGGGCAUCUUUGCCUGACUGUCCCCAGCAAUAA